CCCGAGUUUGGUCUGCAGUGUCAUUAUUGCACUCUUUUCGCGAUACCUUGAUCCGCUAGCCGUUUCUAGCCUCUUGGUGUCGUCGCUGGGUCUGCCAGCAUAAUCUGCGCUACUGAAUCGUCUGCUCCCUCAUGUCCACAGCGUCUGCCAGGUCAGUCUGCUCUGCUACUCACUCGUUGUCACCUCUUCCUCCUGCGUCAUCUGCCUCUUUACCUCUGUUCCUAGCUGCACUCGCGUCACUUCAAACACACCGUCGUCGUCCUUCACUGCCCUCCUGCCUCUUCGUGUCCUCACAAAAUGUCAUACUGACUGCUUCAUCCCUACUUCCUCACUACCACCACCACCCAACUACCAAUUUCCUCUACUCUCUAACCCUAAUGCUGACCCAUUUUCCAUAAUUUAUCGUACUAUAAUUACUCUGCUUGCGAUGCGAGCUCGGCUGCUAGUCAGCAUGGGUUGACACAUCGAUAAGGGCAUCACGGCGA